GCCUGAUAGCCGGUCCGUCAGCCUUCGGCUUGCCAACCGCGGCCUGCGCGGACGUUCGCGCGGCGCUGCCAGCGAAACCGCCCUAGGUCUCGACAGCCGCCGCCUGGGCGCGCGGCCGCCUCCUAAGCGCCCGUUCUCGCCCCUCGCCCCACCCUCUGGCCCCGCCUUCGCGGAAACGACAGCUGCGGCGGCGGGGCUGGAGCCUCCUCCCUACACCCACCGCGUCUACCUCCGCCACUCCGGCCGGGCGCCGCCGCCUCCCCGGUAGGUCCGCCGGCGGCUCCGCUCGGCUGCCGCCUAGGAUGAACAUCAUGGACUUCAACGUGAAGAAGCUGGCGGCCGACGCGGGCACCUUCCUCAGUCGUGCCGUGCAGUUCACAGAAGAAAAGCUUGGCCAGGCAGAGAAGACAGAAUUGGAUGCUCACUUAGAAAACCUCCUUAGCAAAGCUGAAUGUACCAAAAUAUGGACAGAAAAAAUAAUGAAGCAAACUGAAGUGUUACUACAGCCAAAUCCGAAUGCCAGGAUAGAAGAAUUUGUUUAUGAGAAACUGGAUAGAAAAGCUCCAAGUCGUAUAAACAACCCAGAACUUUUGGGACAGUAUAUGAUUGAUGCCGGGACUGAGUUUGGCCCAGGAACAGCUUAUGGUAAUGCCCUUAUUAAAUGUGGAGAAACACAGAAACGAAUUGGAACAGCAGACAGAGAGCUGAUUCAAACAUCAGCCUUAAACUUCCUCACUCCUUUAAGAAACUUUAUAGAAGGAGAUUACAAAACAAUUGCUAAAGAAAGAAAACUAUUACAAAAUAAGAGACUAGAUUUGGAUGCUGCAAAAACCAGACUUAAAAAGGCAAAAGCUGCAGAAACUAGAGCUUCACAACUAAACGCAACUCGCCUUGAAGGAGAUAACAUUAUGGUAAAUUUCUCUCACAUGCUCAGCUUCCUGCAUGUAAAAUGGCUGAAGUCUGAACAGGAAUUAAGAAUAACUCAAAGUGAAUUUGAUCGUCAAGCAGAGAUUACCAGACUUCUGCUAGAGGGAAUCAGCAGUACACAUGCCCAUCACCUCCGCUGCCUGAAUGACUUUGUAGAAGCCCAGAUGACUUACUAUGCACAAUGUUACCAGUACAUGUUAGACCUUCAGAAACAACUGGGAAGGUGUUUUCCAUCCAAUUAUCACUGUAACAACAAUCAGACAUCGGUGGCACCUACAUCAUCUGCUGCUUCAUCAAAUGUGAUUGGUUCUUCUGCUUUGACUCCAACAAGUGGCCUCGUAAUCACCUCUUCCUCCAACCUCAUUGACCUUAAGGAGUGCAGUGGCAGCAGGAAGGCCAGGGUUCUGUAUGAUUAUGAUGCUGCAAAUAGUAGUGAAUUAUCACUUCUGGCAGAUGAGGUGAUCACUGUGUUCAGUGUCAUUGGAAUGGAUUCAGACUGGCUAAUGGGGGAAAGAGGAAAUCAGAAGGGUAGGGUGCCAAUUACCUACUUAGAACUGCUCAAUUAACUAGGUGGACUAUGGAAAGAUUACCCAUCAUGACACUGUAUUUAUAUACAAGUAACUCAAAAUAAAGCAGGUUUAAGUGUCUUCCAUGUUAAUGUCUUAAGAGACCGAAAAGAAAACACCAGCCAUCAGAAACCAGUCUUUCUGCCAAUAAAAUUGCAUGGUAAAUAUUUCAUUAUGGAAUUUAUGUUAGAGUUUUCUUGCUGAGAAUGUUUUCUUACAAAAUUCUCUUUCUACUGAGGUUUCACUAACAAGCAGCUUCUACUUUUGAGCCCCAACUUAAAGCAGAACUGUUUUCUACUGAAUUUUUCAUUAACAGCAAGCUUUUCUUUUAUGAAAAUAAAUUUAUUGUGAAUUGA